UCUGGACCGACACUAACGACCGACGUGCUCCUGAGCCCACGGAACUCUUACAGCCGAACAUCGCGGGUCCCUCCCAGACUCCCCUAUCCCGGGGCAGCAACUGCUGCCACCGCCAAUGAGCGCAGUCUACUACGACCCCGCACAGCCUGUGCAAGGUAAUCCUGAAGCAUCUUUUAGUAGAAGGUUCUCCUCGCCUUAUCUGACAUCAAGACAACAGGAUAUCCACCCCGGCGCAGCGAUGAAUCGUGAGGUCGGAGACCUUCAUCGCAAAGAAAUAUGGUGGCCGGAGACGCCAACGCUAACGAUCGACCCUUAUUUCGGUACUACGCAGAUACCGCCGCACGCACUUCAGUCGGGCCCCGAAUCGGGAUCAUACUGGCCAGACUCCCCUGCGAGUGCGCCAGCAUGGUCAGGUCCGCGGUUCUCCGAGGGCGAUGUCUCACCGCUGGAUGAGCGCAGGCACACGCCCUAUAGUGACGUGGCCAUGGAUUUCGGCGAGGGUGGGUGGGAGGAAGGGGCCGAUGAGAGGCAAGAUACGAUUACUGCUCUAAGCGCGGUCUCCGACUUCGUCACCGAAAACAAGGGCAACAAGGGGAAGGGGAAGGGGAAGGAGAAAAGGAGGGUGAGGGAGAGGAAACAUCAAUGCCCGAGCUGCAACAAAACGUUUGAUCGCCCGAGCAGUCUCGCAGUGCAUAUGAACACUCACACAGGUUCUAAACCCUUCGGAUGCCCGGUCUCCGGUUGCACUAAGCGCUUUGCGGUCCAGUCCAACGCAACCCGGCACCUCCGAUCGCAUGGCAUUGAGCUGAACAACAACACCCGCGAUCAAGGCUUCGCCGUCAGCUUCAAUGCGCCGGUCGUCUCUCAUGACGUGCAUUCGGACGUACCCCAGCCCUCAAGCUAUGAGUGGGUCCGGCCGCAUAGCUCAAUCGCGGAUCUGGAAGUAGGUGCGUCCGCUCCACCUCCGGAGCGGCCAGAGGUGCCGGGAGGGCAAGCAGGCGAUGGGGCAGGCCGACCGAGGCCUCCGCGUCGCCACACUGGUGAUGGUCCCAGCGAGCAGGGGUGGAGGGAGAUGCACUCGGGGACGAGCGAGCACCAGCAGCAUGGUCCUCAGGCUGGGCCCAGCUAUAGUGGCCAAGGGACACUGGGACAUAGUCCCUGGCGCUGGCAGGACGAAGGGCGUGGCAUGUCUGGCGGCGAUGAUGGUGAUGCGUAUGACCAGGAGGAGAGCGAUGAAAGAGAUGGGGGUGAGAGGGGUCCUAUGGGCGCUGGAUAAAGCACGAGAUAUCCAUCCUGCGCUGGAGUUCGGUGACGUAGAAUUGGAGAGAAGAUGGAGAGUGGAAGGGAAGGGAGGACUUGGAUUGCGGCUGCAGCACGUUCAGCGCGCGAUUUGAACGACUUUUACAGCAAGCGGAGUUCCGUGAGCCAGUCCAUGAAUUUUACAGUGAGGGGGGUUGGAGGGGGUUGAGCUUACCUUUUGCAUAAAUUCUGCCGAAAGAUCAGGUCGGCGUUUAUCCCGGUGGGACUGUCCCACACAGUCCACACGAUGUUCACCCCCUUAUUUACCAAUGAUUUUCUACGCUACGCUGAUUUUGCUUUUGUUAUACCAUACACGUCAAUAUGUUUGUUCAUUCCAUUGUUAUGCAUCAGUCAAAUUUACUUUUAUAGAACACAAUAGCAACACGAAG